UACGACAUCCUCGAGUCGCAACCGAUCCGAGCUGCUCUUCUCUCCUUGAUUUUCAACGACUUUUUUGUGUUUGUGUGAAAUUUCGGGACUCCCGCUUUUCGUUUUGGUUUGACCCAACUCUUGAAUCAUCGCCUUCAUUGUGUGUUUCCGCUGUGCGAAAAAGUGCGUAACGAAAUCAGUCCCUCACGAAGAUAUAAGAGCGAAACAACUUCGUCGUGUUCGUAUAGGCCACUCUAUUGUUCAAUUGCCGUCGCGGAUAUAUUUUUGGUGUCCUACCAAGUCCGUCUGGAUUGCCGAAACAUUUUCGUGAGUGUGUGCAGUGCGACUAGAUAAUCAGACCAUCACACACGCCGUCCGUGAUGGACUUGCCUUGUUGGUCUCGGUCGAUCAAUCGAAGUGGAACCUAACCGACGCACCCUACCCCAUAUACACCACCCUACCCCCCUACGACGCUCUCUACAACCCCACCACCACCUACCGACGACUGCAACUUGACGAAGACAUCCAUAAGAUUCUUUCAAGUUGAUUAAACUCUUGUUUGUUCCUCGGAGAACACAACUCUCCUUUUGGUUGUUCACAAGAGUUGUUGGCCGCGUGUGGGUGUCGCGUGUCGUGUGAGUUGUUGGCUGGAACAGUCGUUGUGUGUGUGUGGAACAGUGUGGAACAUGGAGACAAUAGCGACGACCAGAGGGGUGGUGCUGGGCAAGCGACGGCAUCGCUGCUGCUGCUGGCGUCCGUCGUCUCCUUUGCAAUGGUGGCCCGUGUUGAUCGCUUCGUUGGCGCUGUUCGGUUGGCCGGCCAGCAGCAGCCGGUGGCAAGUGGCCGGAUCGUCGCCAUUCACGCUGGAAGGCUCGCUAAAUUCGUACGCCCAGCUGCGCAAGUGGAACGCCGGAUUGAACGGAACGCUGCAGCUGGAAUUCCGCUCGGCCCAGCCCAGCGGACUCCUCGUCUACACCGACGACGGCGGCAAAUUCGAUUUCUUCGAGUUGAAACUGGUCGAAGGAGCCCUGAGACUGCGCUACAAUCUAGGAGCCGGCGCCCAGAUCCUGACGGUCGGUCGCAAUCUCAGCGACGCCCAGUGGCACAACGUCACCGUUAAAAGGACCGGAGACCAGACGGCCCUGACCGUCGACCACGUCACGGUCACGCGGGCCUCGCGCGGAAAGGAAUUCAACUUUGGCACUUUGGCCACCAAUUCGGCCGUCUACGUUGGCGGAUUGCCCGCCUGGUACGGCGCCGAAUUGACCCGGCUGGCCCUGCCCAGCGUCCUGUUUGAGCCCCGCUACCGCGGCGACUUGCGCAACGUCAUUUACUCGGAUGCGGUCGGCCAGUCUCCGCGCCAGCAAGAAAUCCUCGAGUCGCAAGGAGUGCGCGUCAGCCAGUUCGACAUGUGCGUUCAACAGGAUCCUUGCCAGCACGGAGGCAUCUGCAUCAACACCGACACGGGCCCGGUCUGCGAGUGCAGAAAUCUUGACUACGACGGACCUUUUUGUGAGAAAGCCAAGCAGCCACCAGAAGCGACGCUAAGGGGUCACGACUACUUCUUCUACGACAUGGCGCAGAGCGGCGGCGAGCCGAUCGUCAGCAGCAGCGAUGAGGUCUCACUCUACUUCAAAACGCGCCAGGCCACCGGCAUGCUCUUCUACACGGGCGAUGGCGAGGAUUAUCUGGCGUUGACUCUGCGUGACGGGGCCGUGACUCUCAACAUCAACUUGGGAAGCGGCAAACUGGACGUACAGAUUCGACCCCCUCGGGUCCGUUUUGACGACAACCAAUGGCAUCGAGUCAACAUCCACCGCAAAGCGCAAGAGAUUUCGGGACCGGAAAGCCUAUGUCACUUGGUCAUGACGGUCGACGGGAUCCACUCUGAGCGCUGGACAACGGCUGGGACGUUUUCGAUGCUUUCGUCCAGCCGACUCUUCGUAGGCGGCGCCGAUCCAUCCAGCUCGUUACCAGGAUUGCGAACGCGCAAUGACUUUAUCGGCUGCCUACGCAAGGUGGAAUUCACGGCCGAUUCUCUGCGACUAGACAUUUUGGAACUGGCACGGACUGGCAACAAGUUGCUGUCGGUGGCCGGCCGACCUGAUUGGAUGUGCCAGGCCGUCGAAGUUGCCGAUCCCAUCACUUUCACGACUCCCGACACGGUUUUGAUGCUGCCCUCUUGGGAAGCCUCCAAAACGGGAUCCAUGUCGUUCAAGAUCAGGACCAACGAGCCCAACGGACUAUUGCUCUACAACAACGGAGCCCCGCACGCACAGGGUGAUUACUUCGCCGUGGAAUUGGUCAACGGUCACGUCUACCUCCACCUGGAUUUGGGAUCGGGUAGCGUUAAGGUGAAGGCUACAUCGAGGCGGAUUGAUGACGGCACUUGGCACGAGAUCACCAUCUCACGGAACGGCAAAAGCGGUCGGGCCACGGUGGACGGGGCCAGCACUGAUUUCGUCACGCCAGGAGAUUCAUAUCAACUUGACCUGGAUGGGUCCCUCAUGGUUGGCGGUAUCGGCAUGGUGGUUGAUAACGCUGCCAUCCCGUCCGGCUUGUGGUCGGCCACUCUUCGGCACGGAUACGUCGGCUGCAUGCGUGAUCUGGUCAUCAACGGCAAUGCCGUCGACUUGGCCGCUUUCGCUCGUCAACAAGAUUCCGGAGCCAUCCGUCCGGCAUGCCACGUCCUGCCGCCGCAGUGCGAAUCGCAGCCUUGCAUGAACGGAGGCACUUGCACCGAAGGUUGGAAUCGAUUUCUCUGUGACUGCUCGUCCACCAGUUUCAACGGACCGACGUGCGGCAAAGACGCGGCGACUUUGAGUUUCGAUGGCAACCAGCACUUCCGCGUCGCUUUCGAUUCGCCGUCGCGAAGUGAGGCGGAGGAUUGGCGACUUCGAUUCCGCACGCCCAAACCUUCCGGUUUACUUUUGACCACCAUCGGCGACAGCCAAUCUCACGGCCGGGUAGAGCUCGACCUCGAAGGUGGCCGACUUCGAUUCACGCAGUUCGCGGUCGAUCGCCCAAAGACUUGGUUCGUUGGCCAAGGACUCAACGAUAACCAAUGGCAUCAAGUCAGCAUCUCUCGACGCGGAGGAUCCAUCCGGUUGACUAUCGACGACGAACCUCCAGUUCAGGGCGAACUUACUGGAAGGUCGGCCACUUUGGAGACGAGGGCGUUGUUGGUCGGCAGCAAUUUGAAACGCGAAGAAACUUCGGGAACGACCACCGUCUCCAUGCUGGGGCCCAACGCUCAGCCGAAUUUCGUCGGCCAGAUCCAGCAGCUCUACUUCAACGGUGUUUAUCUGAUCGAUAUGGCACGUUCCGGCCAGCUGGGCACUUCGGCCAACGUCACGGCAAAGUUUGGUGCGAGAGAGCAGAGCAUUCACCAUCCGGUGAAUUUCAAAUCCAAGCACACGUACGUCGGUCUGCCCCAGUUGAAGGCCUACUCGUCGACCAACAUUUACUUCCAGUUCAAGACGCUGGAACCCAAAGGAGUCAUUCUUUACAACGCUGGAAAAGGACAGGACUUUAUUGGCAUCGAGCUGGUCAACGGCCACAUCCACUACGCCGUCAACUUGGGCGACGGGCCCAUCCGCAUCCGGGACAAUCUUCGCAACAGCCUGAACGACAACCGUUGGCAUUCGGUGACUAUCGGACGGCCUGGCCCUCGACAGCACACGCUGAUGGUCGACGACUCCAUUUCAACUGUCAUUAGUCAGGGACAUAACGAGAAUCUGGAUCUCAAUGGCAUACUGUACCUGGGUGGCGUUCGCAAAGACAUGUACAACUUCCUCCCGCGUCAAAUGCAAUCCCGUCACGGCUUUGAAGGUUGCCUAGCCAGCUUGGACCUCAACGGAGAGUCACCCGACACGACGCUAGAUGCUCUGGUGCCCAGUCCGUUGGUCGUACCCGGCUGCGAAGGUCGUGAAGAGCAUCGCUGCAGUUUGGAUAGCUGCUCCAACCGAGGCGUCUGUGUCCAGCAGUGGAACACUUUUUUCUGCUACUGCCAAUUAACUUCGUACAGCGGUCCAACCUGUUCCGACGACUCGGUGGCCUUCGAAUUCGGUCCCAAGCACGGCGUCUUGAUCUACAACUUCCCGGAAGAUCGUCGUCCUGAUUCCAAGAGCGACAUCUUGGCUUUCGGGUUCAUUACCGUCCAGGAGAAUGCGCAGUUGAUUCGCAUAACCAGCGCCUCGUCCAACGAUUUCCUCGAACUCACUCUGGUGGAUGGUCAUUUGUACUCGUCGUACAACGUUGGGACGGACGAUCACAGUUUGGGUGAAGUGGCCGUCAAAGUUAACGACGGAGAACAUCAUGUCGUGCGGCUGACACGUUCCAGCGCCAAUGCAACGCUCCAGGUUGACGACUACAAUGUCCAAACGAAGAAUCCAGGUGGCCGCCAACGAGUCAUCUUCAACAGCCAGUCUCAGAUUCACGUUGGAGGAAGCUGGAACGAAGUGAAGUCAAAAGUGGAUCGACCAUUUGUGGGCAUUAUUGCCGGAUUGGUUUUCAAUGGCAUCCGCGUACUUGAUUUGGCGGCUGAACGCGAUCCCAAGAUUCAAAUUCGUGGCGACAUUGAACUGCUCACGUCGAUUCCUGCCGACUACCGUCAGCGUUUUAAAGAUAACAACCAAUCGAUGCAGAGAGCGCCGGAAUCUGCUUACCCGAACGUCGUCGAUGAUUUAGUCUUUUCCGGCGCCGGAUCCGGAUGCGUCUCUAGCACCGUCGACGACGAGUGCGUCCCAUCUUACAACACGGGAAGAGGAGACGAUUUGAUCACGCCCAUCUUCAGUCCACCUACCCGCCCGCCCAAGCCCAAGCCGACGAUGGUUGUAGCGGUGGAACGACCCUGUGACGACGAGGACAAUUGCUACGAAGGAUCGGGAUCUGAUCCUUUGGUGACAGACGAACCCAUCCACCAGUUGGAAGAUGAAAUUACAACCGAGUCGACGGCGGCCACCACGUCUUCUACGCUUCUUUGGCAAACGAACAGAGCGAGCACGACCAGCAGUGCAACGAAUUCGAAUCCAACGACGACAGCAAUCGUAAAUACGUCCCCGGCGUGGAUGGUGACCCGACCGAUGGUCAGAACGACGACACCAACCACUACGAGCAGAUACCCGGCGAAAAUGUAUCCGACUCCAGCGUAUCCGGCCUUGCCUUCGCCAGCCACUCCUCGCAAUCGGGUGCGCACCACGAUCGAUAACUUUGACCUCAUUUGGCAGAAAGCCAACCGAGAAGAGAUGGAGAAAAAACGGGACCUCGACGAAAAAAGCAAGCGAACAAGAGAUCGGAUCAGCUCGGAGACGGCCGAGAACACGGCGUUGAUUAUUGGCAUUGUAGCUGCCGCCUUGAUCGCUGUCAUCCUCGUCGUCUUGCUCGUGUUGAAGUUGAAGAAUCGAGGCAACGCCGCCUACAAGAUUGACGAGCGCAAAAACUUUAGCAAGACGCCGAGCCACAGCAAUUCCAACGCCGCCUUGCUCAACACGGGCAGCGUGGCAGGAAGUGGUGGGCCCGGCGGACUGGCUGGAACCGGACUGGCUGGCGGUCAAAUGAAAGCCGGCCCUUUGAAUCUCAAUCCGGCCCUGGUCAAUUUGGAGAAGAAGUCGCCCCCGUCCAAAAAAUGCGGGAAAGAUAUCAAAGAGUGGUACGUCUAGGACGACUUCAAAUCAAUCGAACCAGCCCGGCAACCACUUGCGAGAGAAAAUCAAGAAUGAAAGGAAACCUCGACAUCAUUUGGACAUUGAGUGAAAAGAAUGUUUUAAAAACAAAAGAAUAUAAUAAAAAAGAGAUACAAACGCAAAAGUAAAUGAAGGCCUGUACAAAACGGAUGGAGAGCGCCUGACGCGUGUGUUCUGAUUUGAAUAUCAUUUGACAUGUCCCGCUGUGCGUGGACGUGAGUCAUGGUCAUCGUCGGCGCCGUCAAAAGAUUCCUUCGAUCGAAUCAUCCCCCUACCAAAAAAAAAAUCUUUCUUUUGAUUGUCAAUCAACUCGUCGUCCGCUUCUUUCGUUUUCAUUUUCACUAUCUUCUCGCCUCCGACUUUAUCCAUGUUUACGCUGUUUGCCCUCUCCCGAUCCCUCCUUUUGAAAGGCGAUAGAGUGUGUUGUACCUUCCCUUUUUCUAUGAUUCCAUGGGACCGAAAAUUUCCCCAACGGUUCAUCAGGAUGCGUGAAAUUAGGACAUUCCACAUUUUAAUAAAAAAGAAGGAGAAGAAGAAGAAGAAGAAACAAUUGAGUGCGAGAAUGGGUGGAAUGUGCAUGGCUGUGGCUAUAAUUCUAAAGGGAAACAUGUUUCUAUUUGUACCAUAUAGUCAAAAACAAAUCGAAAGAAAACCUUAAAAAAAAAGAAAAUCAUAUGUGCAAUAAAAUGUACUACGUUUUAGCAGGAGGAGCCAACCACACACACACAAGAGUUGGAUCGAUGUGCGGGCGUGAAAACAUAAUUUAAUCAAAUGAAGAUGAAGUGCGUUUGUAUUUGUAUUCGAUACUGUCAAAUUCUAUUUGGAUUCGUGUGUGUUUUUAUUUUCCGUCAAUUGUUUAAAAAACAACCUAAAUUCUUGGUGACGCCACGCCCCCGGUGGACUUGACUUUGAAACGGCUAUACGAGUGCACAUUUUCUGACGAUGAUGAUGAUGAUGUUUCACCUAUAAUUAUCUAUAUCUCUUUUUCUCCCACUCUCGUUUCUAUCUCGGUGUGAUACUAAAGUCUGCGAGCGUUCAAUAACCUCUGUUGAGAUACGGAUCUUGAUGAUCUGCCGAUCGCCGACGUUCGGGUUAUUGUGGAUCAGUUAUCAUCCGUCAAGAAUAUUCCUUGUCCUUAAACAAUGAAAGCGAUCGGUCCCCCCUUAUUUUGUUUGGAACUUUUUUUUUUUCAAAUCUGUUUUGUGUUAUUGUUAUUUAAUUAACCAACCUCCGACCCAAAACCAUCUUAUAAUCAUGAUUACAAAUUCUUGUCCUGUAUCCAUUUGUCAUUCCAAUUCGUUAUAUACACUUCUUCAACGUAAA